UCAUAUCCCUCCUCCUUCUUCUCAUAACACACAACAUACAAAAUGGGUGGCCAAGGCAGAGAAGGCGGCAAGAUCAAGCCCCUUAAGGCUCCUAAGAAGUCGCAGAAGGACCUCGAUGAAGAUGAUAUCUCGUUCAAGGAGAAGCAAAAAGCCGAGGCUAAGGCGAAGAAGGAUCUGCUGGACAAGGCCAAGGGCAAGGGUCCCUUGAACACGGGCUCCCAGGGUAUUAAGAAGUCGGGAAAGAAAUAAAUUUGAUACCCAGCGUUGUGUUAUACUCAAGAAUCACGAUACUACGAGCUACGGAUGAGCAU